AGCAGAUCUGACCCUAAAAAUAGGCUCCCUGAUGCCAGUCGACAAGGCUGGCUGUGGGCUGCCACAUGCCCACAGAGCAGCACCUCCUGGCCAAGCAGGUCCCACACACACAGCUGCAGAAAGGAGAGCAAACCCCUUGGCUCCAAAAUGACGUCUGGGGACGCGAAGACAAACCUCACGAAUGCCUACCCGCCUGCCAAGGGGCUGUUUCCGCGGGCCCAGGAAGCGGAGGCUGAGGACUAUUGCACACCUGGCGCCUUUGAGCUAGAGCGGCUCUUCUGGAAGGGCAGCCCCCAGUACACCCACGUCAACGAGGUCUGGCCGCGGCUCCACAUUGGUGACGAGGCGACAGCGCUGGACCGAUAUGGGCUGCAGAAGGCGGGCUUCACACACGUGCUCAACGCCGCCCACGGACGCUGGAACGUGGACACCGGGCCCGACUACUACCGUGACAUGGACAUCGAGUACCACGGCGUCGAGGCCGACGAUGUCCCCACCUUCGAUCUCAGCGUCUUCUUCUAUUCCGCGGCAGCCUUCAUAGACGCGGCGCUCCGCGAGGACCACAAUAAGAUCCUGGUCCACUGCGCCAUGGGCCGCAGCCGCUCGGCGACCCUGGUCCUGGCCUACUUGAUGAUCCACAGGAACAUGACCCUCGUGGACGCCAUCCAGCAAGUGGCCCGGAACCGCUGUGUCCUGCCCAACCGAGGCUUCCUGAAGCAGCUCCGAGAACUGGACAAGCAGCUGGUGCAGCAGAGGCGACAGGCCCGGGGUGGGGAUGGCGAGGAGGAGCUGUAGGGCACCCCUCCAGGCCCCAGCCCAGACUCAAGACUGAGAGGGACAGCUGAAAAGCGUUCUGGCCUGUGACUUUGUGGGUCACAGAGAAGGAACAGUGAAACCAAAGGUCGAUUUCUCCCAAGCUUACUAAACUUCCCAGUGUGUGCCAGGGACAGGGAGGACUCAGGGCCACCUCCUGGCUGAGCCCAGGACUCUGUCACAGCACCUUGAGCACGACAACCCUGGCAGAACAGGUUGCAGAUGGCUCCUCUCUGCAGAAAAUCGCCUGAGUUUUAAGACGGAGGCAGAGGAGGAUUUGAAAAUGCGUGGGCAUUGUGUUAUGAUUAAAUGUUUGCUUUUGUCACAAGGAAA